CUUCAACUUCUCUUUGCAUUUUGCAUACUAAUACUACACAAAAAUUAAAUUAAUGGCUCCACCACAAUCACUAGUAGAAAUUCAGCGACCUGUCGCCAAUUUCUCCCCGAGCUUGUGGGGCGAUCAGUUCAUCAAACACGGUUCUACUGCUAAGGCUGCUCAAAAACAUUCCAGUGCAGUUGAAGUGUGUAAGAAUGAAGUUUUGGAUAUGAUGGCAGCUGCUGGAAACAAUCUAGUUGAAGCAAUGAACCUUAUUGACACGCUCGAACGUCUUGGCAUUUCAUAUCACUUUGAAAAGGAGAUUGAAGAUAAACUGCACCAUUUCUUCAAUGUAAAUACGGAUUAUAGUGAUGAUAAGUCGUAUGAUUUGUACACUGUUGCACUUCAUUUCCGUCUAUUCAGGCAGCAUGGCCACCGUUUAUCUUCUGACAUUUUUGCAAGAUGGGUCGAUGUGAAUGGCAAAUUCCAAGAAGGCCUUAAGAAUGACGGCAAGGGUUUGUUAAGUCUGUAUGAAGCCUCGUACCUGAGAACACGUGGAGAAACUAUACUGGAUGAUGCGCUUGAAUUUGCUACUGCCACUCUCAAGUCCAUAGCGCCACACCUUGAAUCUCCUCUUAGCAAACAGGUUGUGCAUGCUCUAAUUCAACCCUUGCACUACGGAAAUCCAAGAAUUGAAGCUCGUUACUUUAUCUCCAUCUAUGAAGAAUACCAAGACAAGAAUGAAUCUCUCUUGAGGUUUGCUAAAUUGGACUAUAAUCUAUUGCAAAUGCUACACAAGGAGGAGCUACAUGAAGUCUCAAGGUGGUGGAAAGAACUGGACCUUGUCUCGAAACUUCCAUAUGCAAGAGAUAGAGUGGUGGAGUGCUUCUUUUGGGCUAUGGGAGUAUACCAUGAGCCACAGUUCUCUCGUGCUCGUGUCAUGCUCACUAAAACUAUCGCCAUGACCUCAAUCAUAGAUGACACUUAUGAUGCUUACGGUGUCAUUGAAGAGCUCGACAUUUUUACUGAGGCAAUAGAGAGGUGGAAUAUUGAAGAGAUGGAUAAACUACCCGAGUAUGUGAAGCCAUUCUAUAAAGCUCUUUUGGAACUCUAUGAACAAUUUGAAGAAGAAUUGGCUAAAGAAGGAAGAUCCUACGCUGCACACUAUGCCAUAGAAUCUCUCAAAGAAUUGGUGAGAAGCUACCAUGUUGAGGCCAAGUGGUUCAUACAAGGAUAUUUACCACCAUUUGAGGAGUAUCUAAAGAAUGCCCUCAUCACUUGCACUUACUGUUACCACACAACAACGGCGUUGCUGGGGGAUGAAUCUGCGACCAAGGAAGACUUCGAAUGGCUAAGUGAGAAGCCUAAAAUGCUUGUGGCAGGGCUACUCAUAUGUCGAGUCAUUGACGACAUAGCUACUUAUGAGGUCGAAAAAGAAAGAGGUCAGAGUGCAACAGGCAUAGAAUCGUACAUGAGAGACAAUGGCGCCACAAUAGAAGAAGCGGUGGCUAAAUUCUUUGAAAUAGCAACAGACGCAUGGAAGGAUAUAAAUGAGGAGUGUAUGAGGCCAUCUCCAUAUUCCAGAGAUGUUUUGAUGCGGAUUCUGAAUCUUGAACGCAUAAUUGAUGUUACUUACAAAGGCAACGAAGAUGGAUACACUCAACCUGAGAAGGUUCUCAAGCCUCACAUCGUUGCUUUGUUUGUCGAUCCUAUUGGAGUUGAUCAGUUUAUAAAAGCUGUAAAUGAGAAUUUCUACAUAUUACUAUCUUUUAUAGGAAUGUUCAAGUUUAACGAAAAUUGGUAG